AUGGAAAAUAAACUCCAAUUUUUUGUUCUUUUCAUCAUCUUAAUAAUUCUCCAGUUCCAACAAGUAACCCCUAAUGAAGGUGGCCAAAAUGUUGCACAAGAUUAUCCAGAAAAACCAGUCCUUAACAAGUUUCUGAUGGACACAGUUUCUCUACUCAGAAAAUCCCAAGAAAGUACAUGGGAGAAAAUCAAAAUCGUCAUUCAUGAUCUUCAGAUGCAGUUUUCACCACCAAAUUUAGAUUUUAGGGGUGUGGGAAAGGGUGGUGUAAAAGAAGCAGUUGAGAAGAGUUUUGACAAAAGCAAAGAAUCAGUGGAAGAAACUGCUAAAUCAGCCGCUGAAUUUGUUGGAGAAGCAAUUCAUAAGAGAACAGAAAAGGUGAACGAGAAUGCUGACUAUGAUAUGGAUACUAAAGAUGAACUUUGA